UCAGUCUGAGCGCACGCUGCGCUAAGAGUAGACCGAGCUAGUUCGUUACACCAAGGACCUGAAGGACCUGAGACAUAUCGCCGUGCAAUCUUAGAUCAUAGCCGCGACCGUCGGGCGGAGCUGACUGAGCCGAUCGGUCGGGUAUGGAAGUAAUGGAGGUGGAGGGGACCGCCGGCCUGGGCUCGGGCACCAGGCUGAUGAGGGGCAAGGACUCCAGCAGGAUCCUGCUGCAGCAUCUGGGCGCCAUGUCAGCAUCGAACGUCGGCACUAUCAUGGGCCUGGUGCUGGGCUGGUCGUCGGCGGCCAAGGCGGUCUACAGUGACCCGGAGCAGCAAGAGCUGCAAGGGUUCGCCGUGGACCUCGAACAGUGGUCCUGGGUCUCGUCCCUGUACGGCAUCGGCGGGCUGAUCGGCUCCCUCUCCGUCGGCAAGCUCGUCUUCUCGCUGGGCAGGAAGUGGGUCAUCCUGUCCGUGGGGCCCAUCACCAUGGCGGCCUGGGCGCUGCAUCUCUGGGCGACGUCGGUGUGGAUGCUGUGCGCGGGCCGGCUGCUCAUGGGCUUCGCGUGCGGCGCGUGCUGCGUCGCCACCCCCAUCUACAUCAGCGAGAUGUCGUCGCCCGGCAUCAGGGGCGCGCUGUCCACCUACUUUGAGAUCUUGCUGUGCCUGGGCAUCCUCAUCGUGUACACGAUGGGCAAGUUUCUGACCGUGUACUGGAUGAACGUGAUCUGCUUGCUCUUCUCCGUGGUGCACACCGCGUGUUUCGUGUGGUUCCCAGACACGCCCCGGUGGCACCUGCUGCACGGGCGAGAGAAGGCCGCCCGCCGCUCCCUGGUCUUCUACCGCGGCCCCCACUACGACGUGGACGACGAGAUCAAGCUCAUCACCGUGGGCAUCGAGGAGAGCAAGGCAACGGCCUUGAGCGGCUGGAAAGCAUUUUCUACCAGGCCAGCUAGGAAGGCUCUCAUCAUCACCGUAACCCUCAUGACCAUGCAGCAGGUCACCGGCGUCAACGCGACUACUUUCUACGCCAGCAAGCUGUUCGAGGUGAGUGAGCGGCGCCCUCCCGGCGUAUGCUGACAGAGAGGAGUGUGU